AUGCCUAUCGUUCAUAUCGUCUUGUUCGAGUUCAAGCCAACGACCACUCACGCUCAGGUAGAAGAUGUCUGCACUCGAAUGCUAGCAUUGCAAGAAAAGUGCUUGCACCCAAAAACCAACCAGAAAUAUGUCGUUUCGAGCACGGGAGGACGAGACACAAGUCCGGAGGGGCUACAAGGCGGCUUCUCACAUGGAUUCGUCAGCCAGUUUGAGAGCGAGGAGGACCGCAAAUACUACCUGGAGAAGGACCCCGCACAUCUGGAAUUUGUGGCGAGCCUGAAGGAUGUGAUUCAGAAUGUCAGAGUGGUGGACUUUGAGCCGGGAAAGUUCUAG